GGGUUCAUUGUUUCUUCUCUAGGCCUGCUUCCGGCUGUUCUCUAUGGCAGAAGAGGCGGGACUUCCGCUCGAGUGUGAGAAGAGGCUGAGGGAGCCAUGUCGGACUCGGAGGAGUUCUCCUCGUCGGAGGAUGAGGAUUAUUUGCCCUCAGGAGAAGAGGAAAGCGAGGACGACGUGAGCGAAUUGGUCAAGGAAGACGGAGCAGAGGAGGAAGAGGAGAAGAAGAAGAAGCCAUUGUCAGCUGGAGAGAAGCGCAAGAAGAACGCCAAAGGGACCUUGUGUCGGAAAAGAAAGAAGAGAGGAGGUCUCCUCUUGGACCCAGAUGGAGGGGAGUCUUCAAAGGAUGACAAGAGUGACAGUGAGGACGGCGAAUCAGGGGAGAGUCUGAACACGCAGCCGACAGAACAGGAGCAGAGGAAAAAGGAGGACGAUUUGUGGGCCAGUUUCCUCAGCGAUGUGGGGCAGAAGCCUAAAGCGGCUCCCGUAGCUCAACCGUCUUUCCCACAGAAAGACAAGGCAGCAGAGGAGAAGAAGAACCCCUGCAAGGCCCAGGAGACAGUGAAAGAACCGGAGAAGAGCAAAGUCGCCAUCACCAAAGUGUUUGACUUUGCCGGUGAAGAGGUGAGAGUCACAAAGGAGGUUGACGUCCGGUCAAAAGAAGCCCAGAUUUUUUUGAAACAGCAAGAGCAGAAGACAGUCAGCCCCGUGACUAGUCCUACAUUUUCGGGGGCGAAGCGUCCGGGGGGCCUGGACAGCCUCCUGGGGAAGAUGGGGUCCAAGAAGCAGAAGCUGAGCACCUUGGAGAAGUCCAAGAUGGACUGGGAGACCUUCAAGGAGCAGGAGGGCAUCGGGGACGAGCUGGCCAUCCACAACCGGGGGAAGGACGGGUACCUCGAAAGGAAGGCUUUCCUGGAAAGGGUCGACCACCGGCAGUUUGAGCGCGAGCGGGACAUCCGCCUGAGCAACAUGAAGCCCUGACGCCGCCGCGGAGCCUGAUCCCGCCUCUCGUCCACCCCUCGUCCAACUCUGGGACCCGUGUUUUGCCUUUUUCGCCACUAAAGUCAACAGGAGAAGGGACCAAGAGACAGUGGUGGAUGCCGUUCAGCCGAGCGCUUGCCCAAAAUGGGGCUGGUGGGGCCGUGUGCUAGGUCCCCGUGACCCUCCGAAUGGAUGAACAGAAGAUGUUGUCGUAUAAGUGGCACCAUGCGGCAUGCGCUCACAACUGUUUGGUGCACCUCCUUGUGCACAUGACUGCUUUUAUUAAUGGUCCUUACGUCAGGCAAUCGGUGAGUACAAUGUUCCCUGCCGGCUUGCUUUUGGGAGACAUCUCUGACUCCACUUUGGUGUUCCUUUUUGGUGUUACUCACAUCACAACCCGCAGAACUGUCGGGGAAGCAGGCGCAUGCAUGUAUGCGCAGGAGGACCCUUCCCCAGUAUCUCCCUUUCAAUUAAAGUGUUGGAAUCCGU